CGGGUCCCUGGACGAGCUUCUUCCUUUUACCACGGCGGCGAGUCGACGCCAAGAUGCCUCUGGCAAAAGAUUUGUUGCACCCGUCUCCUGAGGAGGAGAAGAGGAAGCACAAGAAGAAGCGUUUGGUGCAGAGCCCGAACUCCUACUUCAUGGAUGUCAAGUGUCCCGGCUGCUACAAGAUCACCACCGUUUUCAGCCACGCUCAGACUGUAGUGCUGUGUGUCGGAUGCUCCACUGUACUCUGCCAGCCCACAGGAGGAAAGGCGAGGCUAACAGAAGGCUGCUCUUUCCGAAGAAAGCAACACUAAAGUGAAAGUUGCCAUUUGAGGAUGGACAGGCUGGGCCACUUCCACAGCUGGGUGUUGGGAUUCUGAGUGACACUGCUUUACUCUCGGCAUCUGGGAGUGUCAUUGCUGAAGUUGGAGGGUUUGUGCCACUGCACUGUGGCCUUGACCCAUCUGCUUUCUGUAGACUUUCAAUCCUCUUGCUGGUAUUGAGUUUUGUUAGAAAUGUCAAAUAAAAUGACGUGAUGUAUUGACUUUUA